GAGAGAGAGGGAGGGAGGGAGAGAGAGAAUGCGGGACUCUUGGAAAAAGACGCAUCUACUACAUUCGGUCCGUCGCCGAGGCAUCCAUCCCGAACACAGAGCGCCGGCUGCUCGGGUUUACGCUGGAUUGACGACGUUGAUGCUGAUGAUGUUGUUGGAAUCUCCUGUCUAGCUCCAAACCUAGAGAGGCUCUCAUUUGGGUGUUUUUUUUUUGGAGGGGGGGGUGUGAUGGGGAAAACAUGUGAAAUAUCAGGAGAAACUCGCCCUGAGAAGCUCUCUUGACUCUCUCCCAACUUACGUGAAGGAAUCCUCCGGCUUGGCACGUUGCUCUACUGCGGAGAAGAAGAAGAAAGAAAGAGGAUGAGGAGGAGGAGGAGAACGCAGCUCGCUGAACGUGAGAGGAGAUCCGACAGCAGCAUCCCAAACACUUUUUCUCCCCCCCAACAGAUUCCCGUCCCUGUUGUCGGGUCCGUGCGCUCGGCGGCGCGCUGCUCUUCUUUUGUGCGCUGCUGCAUUGCAGUUUCUAACUGUCCCACGUGUGACUGGAAUACACUUUUUGUUCAAAGAACUUGGCGUUAUGACCCGGUAACCGUCCUCGCGAGGGACCGGGACGUCUCUCCGGUUUACCGGGGAAGGAGAAGGCAAGUGGAUUUAAUCGAACGCUGGUAAAUUAGUUGGCUCUCCCCCCCCCCCCCUCGCAGCGGGAUGGGCUUUUUGUGCCACGAACCGCCCCGCAAAACCUUAUUAUUAUAAAAGUUGCGGGGGUGCACUGCAGUGUAAAGGGGCAGAGUAAAGAAGGAGAAGCAGCCCGCACCGCCGGGGAGAAGCGCUGCGCCCGGACCCUUAAGCGGCCGCAGAGAGGAAGGUCCGAGUCGGGAUAGAUCCAACACCCGCGCUGCGAGCCGCGCCGGACCGCACGGCGCCAAUAAGGAGGAGAGGAGCCGCGGCUCGGAGGAAGGAGAGGGAGGGAGAGCGCACGGGGGAGCCAUGCAGGGGCUUGGCGCAGUGCACUCUUCCGCCGCCGCGCGGGCUCUCAGCCUCGUGGUCCUAGCGCUGCAGAUGCUGACUCAGCUGCCGGGCGCGGACUCAGCCCUCCGCUACCGGGUGGCGGAGGAGGGCCCGCCCGACGUCAAGAUCGGCAACGUGGCCGUCGACCUUGGCCUCACCGCUGGCACGGGCAGCGGGGAUGUCACCUUCGCCCUGGAGAGUGGCUCCGAGUUCUUUAAGAUUGACAACGUGACGGGAGAGCUGACGACAGGCCCGCGGCGCAUCGACCGGGAGAAACUCCAGCAGUGCCAGAUGAUAUUUGACGAGAACGAGUGCUUCUUGGACUUCGAGGUGUCAGUGAUUGGCCCGCUGCAGAGCUGGGUGGACCUGUUCGAGGGCCGCGUGGUCAUCACUGACAUCAACGACAACACACCUUCCUUCCCCUCACCUGUGCUCCAGCUCUCGGUGGAGGAGAAUCGCCCCAUCGGAACCCUUUACCUGCUGCCCACAGCAACGGACAGGGAUUUUGGACGGAACGGCAUCGACCGCUACGAGCUGAUUCAAGACGGUGCGACCGGGUCAGGUUCCACGAGACGAGUGGCCCCAGGGAACCCCGUCGCUAGAGUGGAGGGCCUCGUGGACCGCAGGGGUAGAAGCGGCGACAGCGGAGGAGGACCCAGAAGCACCGUGUUCGAACUGCAAGUUGCAGAUAUACCAGAUGGCGAGAAACAACCGCAGCUCAUUGUGAAAGGCACAUUGGAUCGCGAGCAAAAGGACUCCUACGAGCUGGUUCUCAGGGUGCGAGAUGGAGGGAACCCGCCGCGUUCCUCGCAGGCCCUGCUUCGCGUUUCCAUCACAGAUGUGAACGACAAUAGCCCGCAGUUUGAGAGGUCCACAUACGAGGCAGAAAUGGCAGAAAAUGCCCCUCCAGGUACGCCCGUCCUCCAGGUCAGAGCUUCAGACCGCGACAUUGGAGUCAACGGGCAGGUGGAGUACGUCUUCGGAGCUGCCACUGAAUCCGUACGCCGACUCCUGCGCCUGGACGAGGCCACCGGGUGGCUGAGCGUCCUCCACAGGAUUGACAGGGAAGACGUGGCGCAACUGAGGUUCACAGUGUCGGCCCGAGACCGCGGUCAGCCGCCCCGCACCGACCGCGCCACCGUGAUUUUGGCCGUCCGGGACGAGAACGACAACGUACCCGUCGUGGAGAUCCGAAAGAUCGGACGGAUCCCAGUUCGAGAUGGAGCCGCGUUGGUGCCGGAGAACGUCCUGGUGGACACCCCCGUGGCUUUGGUUCAGGUGUCAGACCGAGACCAGGGAGAGAAUGGGGCCGUGACGUGCACAGUUGUAGGGGACGUCCCAUUCACCCUGAAGCCAGCUGGGGAAACGGCGCUCCCGCCCCUACCUGCAGACGAAGCCUUUGACAGGAAUAAGAAAAAGUACUUCUUACACACUUCCGCCUUGCUAGACUACGAGGCCACCAAAGAGUACAGUGUCACCAUUGUGGCGGUAGAUUCUGGCAGCCCCAGCCUAUCCAGCAACAGCUCACUGAUGGUGCGAGUUGUGGAUAUCAAUGACCAUGCCCCGGCCUUUCCCCAGAGCGUCGUGGAGGUCCACUUUGCUGAGAACAACUCACCUGGUGAAAGGGUAGUCACUGUUGUGGCCUCCGACGCAGACAGUGGAAAGAAUGCAGAGAUUGCGUACUCCCUCGACCCUGCAGGAAACGGGCCAUUCUACAUAGAUGCAGAUAAUGGCGAUAUCCGUGCCACGGGCGUUCUGGACCGUGAGCUAAGAGAGAGGUAUGAACUCCGGGUGAUUGCCAAGGAUAAGGGCACACCUCCCCUGCAGGGCUCCACCACGGUCGUCGUUCAAGUGACCGACCGCAAUGACAAUGCGCCAAAGUUUGUUCAGGAAAUCUUCACGUUCUACGUCAAAGAGAACCUGCUCGCCAACCGACCGGUCGGCAUGGUCACCGUGACCGAUGCCGACGAAGGCGAGAACGCCGAACUCAGUUUGUUCGUUGAGAUGGAUGAGAAGAAGGCCGGCGAGAAAGCGGAUGGCGAAGACGGCGAGAAGAAGAAAGAAGAGGUGUUUUCCAUCGAGAACAACACAGGAACCAUCUUCUCCUCGGCGUCGUUUGACCGGGAAAAGCUUUCCACCUACACCUUCCGCGUCCGCGCUGUGGACGGAGGGGAGCCUCGUAAGACUUCCACCGCCACGGUCUCGCUCUUUGUGACGGACGAGAACGACAACGCGCCCUCCGUCACUUCCCCGGCCAAUGAGUCCUACACCCUGCUUCCGCCUGCCAGCAGUGCCCGCACCAUCGUCAGGACCGUGACAGCCGUCGACUCAGACACCGGCCCCAAUGCGGACCUUCGCUACGCCCUGGUGGGGGGGAAUCCCUUCCAGCUGUUUGAGAUCGGCCACGCCAACGGGGUGAUCACUCUGGCCGAAACUCUGGAGCGGCGCCACAGGGGCCUGCAUCGCCUGGUGAUCCGGGUCAAUGACAGCGGGGCACCUUCCCUCUGUGCCACCGCCCUGGUACACGUCUUCAUCAACGAGAGCUUGGCCAACGCCACACUAGUGGAUGCUCAGGUGGCCCGAAGCCUCAUGGCUCCACUGUCCCUGGACAUUGCAGGAGACCCGGACAGCGAGCGCGCGUUAGGGAAGCAGCGCCUCAGCGUCGCCAUCGGCGUCCUGGCGGGGGCCGCGGCGGUCAUCUUGGUCAUCCUGCUCGUAGUCACCGCCCGGCAAUGCGGCGCUCAGGGCAAGAACGGCUACGAGGCCGGCAAGAAGGAGCCGGAGGAGGACUUCUUCAGUCCCCCGGGGGCUCAGCCGCAGGCCGCCCGCGGCAGGGGGUCGGACCGCGGGCGCAAACCCCGCCGGGACAAGCGCAACGGAAGCGGCGCCGGCGCGGCGGCCGGCGGAGGCAAGGCGGACCGGUCCCUCUACAGCGGCAUCGUGACGGUCAACGGACUGCGUCGGCAUGGCAACGACGACGACGAGGAGGACCUGAGCAGCGCCAGCGAGCGCCUGGCCGCCCGCUACUGCGCCAUGGACGGCGACCCCGGCAGCCCGAGGAUGGGCGGCGGCAGGAGGCACCAGUCCAGCCCGGAUCUGGCCAGGCACUACAAAUCCAGCUCCCCGCUCCCCGCGGUCAACCUGCAGCCCCACUCCCCCCCGGCCGAGGGCAAGAAGCACCAGGCGGUCCAGGACCUGCCGCCUUCCAACACCUUUGUGGGCAGCGGCGGGUGCGCGGGGAGCGCCGGCUCCAGCAGCAGCAGCAGCGGGGGAAGCGGCAACGCCGACGCCAUGUCCCUGGGAUCCGACCAGUGCUCGGAGUACGGCUGCCAGACCGGGAACAAGUACAGCAAGCAGGGGACCCUCCGCCGGGUGACCUUCUCCGUGGUCAGCCAGCCCCAGGACGCCGGCUGCUACGACAGCGGCCUGGAGGACUCGGAGACGCCGAGCAGCAAGAGCUCGUCGGGGCCGCCGCGGCUCGGCGCGCUGCCGCUGCCGGAGGAGGGCUACGAGCGGACCACCCCGGAGGGCAGCGUGGGGGAGGAGGAGCACGUGGAGAACGACGCCAGGCAGCUGCCCGACGUGGCUCUGACCGGGAAGUGCACCCGGGAGUGCGACGAAUUCGGCCACUCCGACACCUGCUGGAUGCCCGUGCGGCCCUCCCCUCGCCAGCGCCACGGCAGCGACCCCCCGCGGCUCUCCACCUUCGCCCCCGGCGACGACAACAACAACCUCCGCGGCAACGACCACGAGAGCGACAGCGAAAGCGCCGGCAGCGCGGGGAGCUCGGAGCCCGGGGUGGUCGGCGGCGAGGAGGGUCAAAGGUUGCCCCUGGCCAACGGGGGUCCUCUCGGCAGCCUGGGGGACGGAGACCGCAACAGGAACAUGGGCGACCACAACCGCAACCUCCUGAACCGCAAGAUGACCUCGGCGUCCUACGACACGUUCAGCAGCGCGGGCUUCGGGAGGCGCCAGCCGGAAGAGGAGGGGGGGGAGGGCCGGAACCCGGCCGAGGUCAUCCCGCUGACGCGCACCGGCGGAGACUACAAGACCACGUCCUGCCUGACGCUGUCCCGCCGAGAGGUCUACCUGUGACGGCGCCCCGGUUGAGGCGAUCGCUCCCUUUUCUGAAAGAAAAAGCGAAACGGGGAGGGUCCGGACUUUACCAUCGGUCUGGAAAAGGCCUUUUACACCCGACAACACGUCGGGAAAAUAUUAUAGCUUCCAAAAGCUGUAGAUGAAAUAGGACUUCUGGAUUCUGACUACUAUUUAUAGGCAACAUAAACUUUAGCGGGAGAGGAUUGACUCUUCGGGGGGCUCCGAUCGGGAGUACUUUCUAAAAAAAAUGAAAAUAAAAAAGUAUUUUUCAACUUCGGCUGAAGGAGCGAUGAUCCCAUUACGUCCUGGUGGGGAAGGACGACUUCAUCUCUUCUUGUUCUUACCUGAGCCCAGUGCACGCCGGACCCUCUUACCACGGGGUCCGCGCGAACACCACAGAGGAUCCUGAUGCUAUAAACGCCUCGGUGCACGUGGAAGACUUUCACCCAGGACCCCCGGGGGGCGGCGAGAGAUUAGAACCCCGCUGGCCGACCAUCUCGCUGAGAAAAAAAAAAACCUGCAGAGGUCCGAAAAAGAUGAAGGAGAGGCGACAUUCUUUGAUGGUUUGUGGAUCUAAUCCAAAACAAGCAGACGUUCUAACGCCUAAACUCUCUAAACCCAAGAUGGGGUUUGACUGCUGAUGUGUCACAUCAAGUACUGAGAGGACGGUGACUGUACAGUUUCAUUGUAGAGAAGAAAAGAAAAAAAAAGCGCUGAUCUCUAAAAAAA